AUGUCAGAACAUCUCAAGGAUCCCAAAUACACCAUGGACCCCAGGGCUUUUUUAAAGUUUGGUGUCUCAACUGUACCCGAGAAUGUGAAGGUUGUCGAUGAAUCGGGGACAGAGGUGGAUGAGGAUGUUUUUGAGGAUGUAGUGAAAGAUCCCUUAGUUGGUGUUCUCACCAUAAAACAUGGUGAAGACUUGGAAUCUGCCUCUCCACAAGCCUCUCCUGUGCAGUUAAAUGUGUCCCUGUCUUCAUCAAUUGACUCCACUGACUCACAGGAUACAGUAAUUAUUGAAGAAAGCUCCUCGAGUAAAAGAAUUAGACUAGACGAUGAAGCUAAAAAGUUGGUGGAAUCCAUUCUUGUCCAUAAACCCGGUGGGGAGCAUAUAAUAAAUGAAUACAACCGAUUCAAGUCUUUGAGUGAUGAAACGAGGAGGAAAAUGGUGAACAUCCUGGCAGCUGACAUGACAGAAAAGAAUGGUACAUCACCACCAAGGCAGGUUAAAGAAAAAUAUGCCAGAGGAAUUGUGUCUUUGUUCCCUUACCUCAGUGACCCCAUGUCCAAAAAAGGCUACGAGCAUUACUAUGAUGGUGAGAGUGGCACUGGGUACUUGGCAUGGAGAAUCAAAACUAUACAAAGAGGCCUGGCUAAAGAACGAAGAGCAUCACGUGAUGGACAAGGAUCGUCUGCUGAGGGGAUGUCUGGUGGACCAACUGUAAGACGGGAGGCAGAGUUUACUCUGGAGACCGUCUUGAGUGAGGAUGAGUGCAAGGAAGCAAUUGCAUUCAUGAACCAUUCUGCAGAUGAGGACGCAGUCAAGAAGAAGAUGAAAUUGACAUUUGACUAUCGCCGCAACAUGGUUCUUGACCCUAUGCUGUCAAGUGAUAUAUUGAUGGUCUUUCCACGUUUCAAAGACGUUAAAGGCUUGAUUUAGCAAGACUUUGUUCUGAUGUUUGGAGAAGGAGCGUCAGGCAAGCUACUGGAGAAGUGGACUACUGCAUUCAAGAAAAAAGUGAUUCAGCAGUGCAAAAAGCUUCCAACCACCAGUGAUGUUGGAGAACUCCUGCUAGCAGCUGAAUCUCCGUCUGAUGACUCAGAAGAUUGUGUUAAUUUUGUUUGGGACUCUGACCUCUCUUCUAUAAUACUGCUGUUGCAUCUGAUCCCACCUUCUGCCCAAGGCCGAAAGAGACCAGGAAAGGUGUCUGCUUCUCAAGCAGAGAAACAUCUUGUUGUCUUCAAGAAGAGUGGAACAAACAUUGAGGAGCAUCUUCGAAACAU